GCUUGGCUUCUCUGGUACUAUACUGGUUAAGCUGUCCUUCAGUGCGGAAGUGCCCUGCCUUCCAUGCUGCACAGCAGUGCGCAUGAGCAGAUAGCGGAGAUAUGACGACUGCCCUCCAGGCAACAGCUAAAACUGAUGGUAAAUGCUGUGCUGUCGCAGAGGUGGUUUCACUGACGAACAUGAAAUGACUUAAAAUCAACUCUGAAGCUGAGCUCACAGACAAAUGCAUUGACUGCCUUCUAUUCUAAACUACCAAAGUGCAGCGUGACAACACCAGCUUCUCAGAGCAUGGAUCAUGCCAUCUUCUCUGUUUAGAAGGCAACUGGAACACUAAUCCUGAAAUACCAACCUCUGUGUCAUGGUGGAAAUCAUGUGGCACCUGACAGGCUACUGGACCUCUCUGACCAUCCUGCUAGUUUUAUGUCUGUUUCUAAGGCCACCUGGAUCACAUGCUUCAGUCAGUUACAAGCCCAACAUUGUACUGAUACUGGCCGAUGAUCUUGGUAUUGGAGAUGUAGGCUGCUAUGGAAAUGAUACUAUAAGGACCCCUAAUAUUGACCGUCUGGCAAGGGAAGGAGUGAAACUUACUCAGCACAUUGCUGCGGCUCCACUUUGCACCCCAAGCAGAGCUGCUUUCCUGACUGGCAGAUACCCCAUCAGAUCAGGCAUGGCUUCCAGUAAUGAGUAUCGUGCCCUGCAGUGGAAUGCUGGGUCAGGAGGACUUCCUGUAAAUGAAACCACUUUUGCCAAGGUGCUGCGUCAGCAGGGUUAUACCACGGGACUUAUAGGGAAGUGGCAUCAGGGUAUGAACUGUGAAGCCCUCAAUGAUCACUGCCACCACCCUUCAAACCAUGGUUUUGAUUAUUUUUAUGGCAUGCCUUUUACUCUUCUAAACAACUGUCAGAAAAACAAACCUCCCGAGUUGGAUGCAGCCCUUCAAGCCAAACUCUGGCUUUACACUCAAAUAAUUGCCCUUGCUGUGCUCACAGUUACCAUUGGAAAGCUUACUGGCUUGAUCUCCGCCAGCUGGAAAAUAGUUGCCUGCUUUGCCUUAGCUGUCUCACUUUUUUUCACUUCCUGGUACUCCAGUUAUGGAUUUGUGCGAUAUUGGAACUGUAUCCUGAUGAGAAACUAUGACAUUACUGAACAACCAAUGAAGUUGGAAAGGACGGCUGCCCUCAUGCUUAAAGAAGCAGUUUCAUUUAUUGAAAGAAACAAGCAUGGACCAUUCCUCCUCUUCGUUUCCUUUUUACAUGUUCACACACCCCUUUUCACCACGGAGAAAUUUCUUGGGAAGAGCAGACACGGUUUAUAUGGAGACAAUGUAGAAGAAAUGGAUUGGUUGGUGGGCAAAAUUCUUGAUGCUAUUGACAAGGAAGAUUUGAAAAACAACACAUUCACAUAUUUUGCCUCUGACCAUGGAGGACAAUUGGAGGCUCAAGAAGGAAAAACUCAGCUAGGUGGCUGGAAUGGCAUAUAUAAAGGUGGAAAAGGCAUGGGAGGCUGGGAAGGAGGCAUCCGUGUGCCAGGGAUACUUAGGUGGCCAGGAGUCUUUCCUGCUGACACAGUUAUUGAUGAACCUACAAGCCUUAUGGACAUUUAUCCCACAGUGGCUCACCUGGGUGGAGGGAUUGUGCCCCAGGACAGGGUAGUUGAUGGCCGGAACCUGAUGCCUUUACUACAAGGAAAAGUUCAACAGUCAGAGCACGAGUUCAUGUUUCACUACUGUGGGUCAUACUUACACGCGGUGCGAUGGCACCAAAAGGACAGUGGUGCACUGUGGAAGGCUCAUUAUGUGACCCCAAUAUUCCAUCCAGAGGGUGCUGGAGCAUGUUAUGGAAGAGGAAUUUGCCCAUGUUUUGGGGAAGGUGUAACCCAUCAUGACCCCCCUUUACUCUUUGAUCUCUCGAGAGACCCGUCUGAGGCCAAACCUCUAUCACCUCACACUGAGCCCCCGUUUGACACAGUAAUAAGCAGAAUAGCAAGAACUGUUCAGGAACAUCGCCAGACACUGACUCCAGUCCCACAGCAGCUCUCUUUGUAUAACAUUAUAUGGAAGCCCUGGCUGCAGCCGUGCUGUGGGACAUUCCCGUUUUGCUGGUGUGAUAAAGAAGGUGACAGUGCCCACCCUGCUCUGUAAAAUAGGUGGUGGUUCAUAAAACCCUGCAACUGUGAAUGCUCUGCUACAGUCAAUGUGUAAUAACAUCAUUUCUGAAAAAUCAUGUCUCCUUUAGGCCAAAUUAUCCCUUAAAUAUGCUAUUCUUCUGCCCUCUCUCUCUGGGGAGCAAAGAGGCUGUAAGUGGGGAUAAGGAGGUUAUGAUCGUGCUUUCUCCCAUUCGCUCUCCACUACUAGUUAAGUGCAUAAAGUGCACUCCAUGUACACAUAGAAUAGGACCUGGAGAGACUGUGCCUUCUAAUAUGUAUUUAGGAGUCUCACUUUAGGAACCCAAGUCUGAAUAUUUUGGCCAUAAGGCAUCCAGAUACAGUGGCGUCUGUGUUACAAUUACUUCCUUUUCCCAGCACAUCACUGCCUUGCAGAGGUAUAACUCCAUUCUCUGUUGGGCAUUUAGCUAUAGAUAAAUAUUUGAAACUGUCAGAGAGAUAUACACAAGAAAAAGUGAAAUUGGCUUAGGAAAGAACCAACUGCAAUUUUUCAACAACUUUUGAACAAACUGCAGCUUUAACUGGAUAACAGUAAAGUAAAUGAUCAUGCAUGCCAGAGAGCAGAAUAUUGCUCUUUAAGAUUUUUUUUUUAUUGUCAUUUGCACAAUCAUUACUAAAAGCAGCUUUUGGUUGGUGAGCAAAGGGUACUGUUAUAGUUUGUAACUGCCAGUUUUACUAAUAAAUGAUGCUAAUAAAAAUGUAUAAAAUA